AUGGGAGUCACCCGGAGAUUCGUCACACCGACCACCUACUCGCAUCCUAGCUCUAGUAAUAGAGAAAAUAGGAAACGAAGUGGGUCGGCGAGCAACAUGUCAUUUCUGGAGCAUCUCGAAGCGAUGCGAAAAGACAUGCAAUCGAUGAGCAGCCAAUUACAACAAAAUAAGACCGAAAUCGAGAAGACGAAACAGGAAAUGGGACAAAUUCAACUGCAAAUCCAACAGGUCACCGAUCAGACGACGGCGCAACUCGAGAUUGUCAAAUUUCAAGAGAUUGCCAAAAAAUUGGAAUCGAUUGCCAAAACGUAUGUGUCGGCGAUUUCCGAUACGAAUAUGCAGGUUCAAUUGAUGAGCGAGCUUGAGACGCUGUCGAAGAGUGGCGCUGCUUCGAUGCCGGUGCCGAUGACGCAGCCGAUGAACGCGAUGGCGGCGGCGGCGGCGAUGAAUCCGCAUAUGAUGAUGAGGAACCCGAUGAUGAACGUGAUGGGCAACGCGUCGCCGCGAGUUGGCAAAGGCGGCGCGCCGAACGGCGGAAUGCCGAAUGGCGGAAUCAACGGAAUGCAGGCGAUGAUGCAGCACAUGCAGAUGGCUCAAAUGCAAGCCAUCAUGCAAGCGCAAAUGAUGGGAAUGCCCGGAAUGAUGGGAAUGCCGGGAAUGGGCAUGCCGGGAAUGCCGCCGGGAAUGGCGGCGUUGCCGGGCAUGAUGCCGCCGUCGAGCGCGGCCGCCGCCGCCGCCGCGAUGCAGCACUUCAACGCGGCGCAAGCGCAACAAAUGGCGGCGGCGAUCUCGGUGUCGACGCCGUCGCGCAAUCAGUCGAAUUCGGGCAUCGCCUCGCGAACCCGAACACCGUUGACGGCGUCGGCGACGAACUCGCCGCGACCCGCCGAACCGCCGCUGCCCGUCAAAGAGGAGGAGCCGUCGGGCGCCGAGCUCGAAGUGAGCCCGCCGGAGCCGACGCCGCAGCAACAGCAGCAGUCGCAAUCGCAGCAAUCGGCGCCGCCGGUAGCGGCCGCCGUCAAAUCGGAAGACAAUUCGACGGUGGCGGUCGCCUAA